GAGUCUGCGCAGUUGGGAAGCGCGCUUCUGCGCUUGCGCGGCGCCAAGUCCGGCCGGCAGUUUGAAUUUCUGUGCCGGCUGAAUGUUGCAGGGUUAGGCGUUUUGGGUAGUAGUCUGGUGCGCUCACACCCCAGGGUCUUCACUCCCAGAACUCGGGAGGUCCCUGGCCCGGAAGCCGCUCAAGGCAUCGUUUAGCAGAUGCUUGAAGGAUGGCCUCAGAUCUAGAACAGUUAUGCUCUUAUGUUAAUGAGAAGAUUGACAAUAUUAAGAAAAUUCUGUCGAUAAGAAAUAUUGGCCAAGCACCUGCCUUGAAGACCACCUUAAGUAAAAUAGAAGAUGAAAUCAUUACAGUAAAUGAACUUCUAAAUAAUUUUGAGUUGGAAAUUCAGUAUCAAGAACAAACCAACAAGUCACUUAAGGAGCUCUGUGAAUCUCUUGAAGACGAUUUGAAAGAUGUGGAGCAUCUCAAAGAACACAUUCCGUCCUAUUUGCCACAAGUGACAGUGACCCAGAGUUUGGUUAACAAUUCCGAUCUGGAUCCUAAAGAGCCAGUCAAAGCUGAGGAACCUGUCCUGACAAAGAAGCCUCCCAGAGAGCAGAGAAUUAUAAAGGAAAUGCAGUUUAUAACCACUGAUGAAUUCAGUGGUGUUCCUGCGUACAUGAAAUCCCGUUUAACAUAUUGUCAAAUUAAUGAUGUUAUUAAAGAAAUUAAUAAGGCAGUGGUUAGUAAAUACAAGAUUAUACAUCAACCAAAAGCAUCUAUGAGUUCUGUGAAGAGAAAUCUCUACCAAAGAUUUAUUAAUGAAGAAACGAAGGACACGAAAGGUCGUUAUUUCUUUGUGGAAGCUGACUUAAAGGACUUUACGAACUUGAAGGCUGACAAGAGAUUAUAUGUGAUCUUGAACAUCUUGCGGCAUUGCCAGAGACUGUCAGAGGUUCGAGGGGGAGGACUGACUCGUUAUGUCCUCAUCUGAGACUUUCGAAGGCUUGGGAUUGACUGGCAGUUGGGUAUAGCGGAUAGUCUUGACAUUUCAUAUGUUAUUAGCUGCUACAUUUCCUGAUCUUGUUUUUUACAGAAAUAAAACUCUGUUUGAGUAAAGCAUAUGUAUUUUCAAAAUGUACCGCCUUUAGGAAUGGGAAUGAAGCUGGGGCUCACAGUAAACACGUAAGCCAAAGUCAGAGUGAUAAAUCUGAUAUCAUGUGUGGAACUUAGACUGAAAUUAAAAAUGUGUAUAAGUGCAGAUGAUGAGACCAGAAAGUAAGAGUCAGGGAGAAAUAGAAGAUAAUAGGAUGAUGUGAGGACUAUCUGGGAGCCAGCCAAGGGGAGCGGGGUAGAAGCACAGGAAUAAAGUGUAAUGGCACAAACGUAAGAAAAUGUAGUGAUGGGACUCAUUUCUUUGUAUGCUAACUUAAAAGGUAGUUUUAAAAUAUUGCUACCUUUUAGUAGAUAUUCAACACUACCAAGUCCAGCCUGUGUAUGAGAUGUUAAGUGGACAGUGCUACAGAUACCAUGGGCAUAGACUUGAUGCUGGGAAAGAUGAGCAUACCCAAGCCCUCGGGGUUGUAAAGUCUGGUUACUGAUUUUCUGUGUGCCCUUAGGAAACAGCUUGCAUAAAAUGCAUUCUGUAUAUAUACGCCAGCCUGUCUGCUUCAACCUGUAAUGAAGUAUAUUGAGAUGCUGUGAUACUGUCAUACAAUAAAUAUGUAUUUCAUCUUCA